CACUAACCUGUGCUCACCUGAGAUAUCAUUAGUUGUGUGUCGACCCAUCCAUCCAUGUGAAUUGGAUUCUGUGUAUCCAGCCUUGUUUUCUGCAUCUCCACCCCUUCGAGACACGCCGUAGACCUGACCAUCACCAUCACCUCUAGAAGCAGUGAUGGCAGUCCAGCCUAUAGUGAGCGUACAGCCAAGCAUGUUUCGGUCCCCUGCUGACAUAAAGACUGAGGUGUGGAGCAGCGGCAUCUUUGACUGUUGUGACAACAUGAAUAUCUGUUGCUUGGGGUUCUGGUGCCCAUGCUGUCAGAGAUGUCAGACCAGUACAGACUUUGGAGAGUGUUUCUGUCUCCCCCUGCUGGACAUUUUCAUCUACUGGGUCCCAGUUUCUUCUCUGGCCCUCCGGAGCACCAUGAGGGAGAGAUACCGCAUCCGGGGGACCAUGUGCAAUGACUGCCUCUUGGUCACCUGCUGCACCCCCUGUGCCUGGUGCCAGAUGGCCCGAGAGCUGAAGUUACGUCAGCGCCCUCUCCUCCUCGUCAAUGUCCCAUCCCCUGUCCAGAUCAACAUGUAUCCCCCUCAAGCCCCUCACCCCUCUAUGUCUCUACAGCCUAUGCCUGUAGGACUCUACCCCUCCGCGCCACAAUAUAGCUAGCAUAAGCAAGAGAUAAAUGAGGGGGUUGUGGAUGAAUGCCAUUCUAGAAUGUGAAACAGGCAGCACAGCCAGCCAACAGUGCAUCACAUAGGUAUCUGUUUAAAAAAAUGAUAGAAAAGCAAACACUUUUAGAGAAAUCAUAACAUUAUCAGGAAAUCAUAACACUAUCAGAAUGACAAUGAUUGCAAUGAAUGAAUUAAAAUAUAAACGUCCUUAGUGUUUUAUAUAGCUUGUUAGACGCUAACACUUAAAAUGACACGAUUAACACAACCAUGCAACUACGGUAUCUGAUUCAUGUACCAUACCAAUUUUGUACUUUAGAGAAUAUUAAUGUAAUUAAUAAAAUAUUUUAACUUUAA